CUGUAGAUGUCACUCAGGCCAAAAGGAAAGUGAGACCUUGCCAUAUGCAUACUCUUGAAUAAAGGAAGCGAAGAAGACAUAUUCCCAAUAAGGUCGUGAAAUGGAUCAAAAGGAAUGCACCAUGAUGAAAGUAAGGGUAAAGCUUCUUUUUCCGUUUAGAAGAUUAAAUUUUCAUGGAUUCAGGUUUGUAUUUCCUAAAGGUAAGUCACUUGAAACGACUGUACUAAUGCAGUUUUGUAUUUCAAAUGUUUGUGUUAAACCGUUGUUUUAUUCAUAUAUAGUAUAUGCUGAUAAUUAUUUAACUAAUCAAACAUGUUGUUUGUUUUAGCUACGUCUCUGAUCUGUUUAUAUAUUGCAUGAUUUUUGUCUGGAAGGGAAGACAUUGAUUUGAUGCCUCUCCGAAAGUUUUUUUGACUUUCAUCUGCCAGACUUUGAGUUCCAAGGGAAAGAUUGAAUCUCAACAUGAAAAUAGUUUGUUUUUUGCGAGUUUUUGCAAACUAUGUCAUAAUUCUUGUUGUAAUUGAAUCUUAAAUUUCUUGGAACAUCUUCGCGAUGUUUGUGCAAAUUGCUCAAACUCAUCGCAAUGCGCUUAUGUUAAAUUUGUUCUUAAUUCAUUGCAUGCUUACUGCUUACUGAUCAGUGUAUGGCCCAGUUUAUACGUCGUAUUUUGGUCGCGUCGAAUGCAAUUCAAACAAUAGAUAAUUAGGUGUUAAAGAGGUUUAAAUCUUAUUAUGUAUUGUUUGAAUUGCAUUCGAUGCGACCAAAAUGCGACAUAUAAACUGGGCCUAAGAGUUGACCACAUGCAAUUUCACGAUUGUUAAUUAUUUCCUUUUUUUCACCGAUAUUUCAGAUAUAGACGAGUGUAAGAAUGCGACACUGAAUAAUUGUGGUGAAGGGUUCGAUUGUGUCAAUACUCCUAGUUCAUAUAUAUGUGUUUGCAAUGGAACGAUACUAAAUGGAGAAUGUGAUAAAGACCGUGACAGUAUUCAACAAAACGGGCAACGAAAAGUAUUUAGACGUUGAAGUAACCAAGUUCAGUCAACUCACCAGCUCUGGAAGCAUUAUCGCGGAUAUGGGGAUGUUUUUCAGAAAAAAAGACGAAACUGGCAUAAAGGAGCUGCUAGCUGCUGUACGAAAUAACUCAUUUGGUGAUUUUGAUGUCGAUCCUGACGCUCUUCAAGUUCUUAGAAAUGGCACAUGUCCCCCAAAUGGUCCUGUUAUCUGCCCCACCCAUUCAACAUGUGAAACGUUGACGGAGAGUACAAUUAAAUGCCGUUGCAAUGAUAGAUAUUACUUUGACGGUGUCGAAUGUAUAGAAAGCGUCGUUGUAACAGUUGAUGUAACUUUGGAUCGUGAGUUUACUAAAGCGUUGAAUAAUGAUACCUCAGUCGAAUACGAGGAGUUAAAAAAGAAUAUCACGAAUCAGCUAAUCGAGACAUUUAAAGAUACCCCAAACUUUGAACGCGUGGAAGUCACGGGAUUCAGGAACGCGUCUAUUGCAGUAGAAUUUGUGGUUCAUUACCGAAAAGACCCAGAUAUGAAUCAGAAAGUUGUCGUUGGCCAAACAUUGAGAGAAAAGGUUAUUAAAAAGGGAAAACUUGGAGAGUACAAAGUUAAAGGAAAAAUAUUGAUACAAGAACCACCUCCUCCACCAAAGGACCUUAAGAUUACUAAAACCACACAGAAAAGCUUUGAUAUCGCUUGGAAAAAGACCCGCACGGACGAAUUUUUUACUAUCGAUUACAUAGUGAUGUACAAAGAACAAUCUGAUUCAAAAUACCAGGAAAAGGUAGUACCGUCGGGCAUCCUUAACGUAACAUUGAAUGAUCUGAAAACUGGUACACUUUACGACAUCACAGUGCACGGGUAUAAUGCCUAUGGCCGUGGAGAAAAGAUUGAAAUUGAAGAAAAGACAGAGGAGGAUGUAGACGAGUGUAAGAAUGCAAGACUAUAUAAUUGUGGUGAAGGGUAUGAUUGUGUCAAUACCCUUGGCUCAUAUGAAUGUGAUUGCAAUGGAAGGAGAGAGGGUGCAGAAUGUGUUAAAGGUUUUAUACGACAUCGCGUUCAGUUAACGAUAAAACAAGACUAUACAGCGAUCCUUGGCAAUAAAAGCUCUCAAGAGUUUAGAAACUUGAAAACAAGGAUAGAAAACACGAUGGUUACAGUAUUCAACAAAGCAGGCAACCAAAAAUAUUUAGCAGUUGAAAUAACCAAGUUUAGCCCUGAAAGCGAUAUCGCAGAUAUGGAGGUGCUAUUUAGACAAGGAGAUAAAACUGGCAUGAGGGAGCUGCUAGCUGCUGUACGAAAUAACUCAUUUGGUGAUUUUGAUGUUGAUCGUGACGCUCUUCAAGUUGUUAUAACGGGCACAUGUCCACCAAAUGGUCCUGACAUCUGCCCCACCCAUUCAACAUGUAAAACGUUGACGGAGAGAACAAUAAAAUGCCCUUGCAUUUCUGGAUAUUACUUUGACGGUGUUGAAUGUAUAGAGCUCAAUGCAAUACCAAAACUGGAUAGCAUUAAACUUUAUCUUUCCUAUAUUACUAAACAAGUUGUUCUAAGCAAAAGAAACGUCGUUGUAACAGUUGUUGUAACCUUAGAUCGGGUGUUUACUAAAGCGUUGAAUAAUGAUACCUCAGACGAGUUAAAAAAGAAUAUCACGAAUCAGCUAACAGAGACAUUUAAAAGUACCCCAAACUUUGAACGCGUGGAAGUCACGGGAUUCAGGAAUGUAUCUCUCGUAGUAGAAUUGAGGGUUAUUUACCGGAGAGAUCCAGAUACUGAUAAGAAAGUUGUCGUUGGCGAAACAUUGAGAGAGAAGGUUAUUAAAGAAGGAAAAAUUGGGGAGUACAAAGUUAAAGGCAACAUAUUUAUAACAGAACCACCUCCUCCACCAAAGGAUCUUAAGUUUACUAAAAUAACGCAGAAAAGCAUUGAUAUCGCUUGGAAGAAACCCGCAGCGGACGAAUUUUUUAAAAUUAUUGGUUACAUGGUGAUCUACAAAGAACAAUCUGAUUCAAAAUACAAGACACAAGUAGUACCAUCGACCAUCCUUAAUGUAACAUUGAGUGAUCUGGAAACUGGUACACUUUACGACAUCACAGUUCAGGGGUAUAAUAAACAUGGCGGUGGAGACAAGAUUGCAAUUAAAGAAAAGACAAAGGAGGAUGUAGACGAGUGCAAGAAUGCGACACUAUAUAAUUGUGGUAAAGGGUAUGAUUGUGCCAAUACUCUUGGCUCAUAUGCAUGUGUUUGUCAUGGAAGGAAAGUAAAUACAGAGUGUGUUAAAGAUGCCAUACGACAUCGUGUUCAGUUAACAAUAAAACAAAACUACACUACGACCCUUGGCAAUAGAGCCUCUACAGAGUUCAAAAACUUGGAAUCAAGGAUAAAAAACGCGUUUCAGACAGUAUUCACGAAAGCGGGCAACAAAAAAUAUUUAGAAUUGGAAAUAACCAAAUUUAGCUCUGGGAGCAUUAUCGCAGAUAUGGACGUGUUAUUUAGAAAGGGAGAUGAAACUGGCAUGAAGGAGCUGCUAGCUGCUGUACGAAAUAACUCAUUUGGUGAUUUUGAUGUUGAUCCUGACGCUCUUCAAGUUGUUAUAACGGGUGCAUGUCCACCAAAUGGUCCUGACAUCUGCCCCGGAAAUUCAACAUGUAAAAAGUUGACCGAGAGCACAAUAAAAUGCCCUUGCAAUAAAGAUUUUUACUUUGACGGUGUCACAUGCAUAAGAAAUGUCGUUGUAAAAGUUGAAAUAGUCUUGAAAAAGGAGUUUACCCCAGCGUUGAAGAACGAAAGCUCAAAAGAAUAUAUAGAGUUGAAAGAGGAUAUUACGAAUAAGCUAACGGAGACAUUUAAAGAUACCCCAAACUUUGAACGUGUGGAAGUGACAGGAUUCAGGAACGGAUCUCUCGUCGUAGAAUUUAGGGUUAUUUACCGGAGAGAUCCAGAUACUAAUAAGAAAGUUGUCGUUGGCGAAACAUUGAGAGAGAAAAUUAUUAAUAAUGAAGGAAAACUCGGAGAGUACGAAAUUAAAGGCGAUAUAUUUAUACAAGAACCACCUCCUCCACCAAAGAGCCUUAUUCAUUCUAAGGUCACCGAGAACAGAAUUGACAUUCGUUGGGAAGCACCUGCAGCGAAUGACUUUUUUUAUAUAUUUGGUUACAUAGUAAGCCACAAAGAAAAGUCCCAAUUAAAAUACAAGACGCAGAAUGAGACAUCGGUUACAUUAAAUGUUAUACUAAGUAAAUUGAAAAGUAAUACAUUUUACGACAUCACAGUCCAUGGAUAUAAUAAAGAGGGCAGUGGAGACAAAAUAGAAAUUUCAGUAAAGACAAAAGAAGAGGAUUCGUCUGAUGGUGUGGUGGUUAUUAUCAUUGUUGUUAUCGUGGUUGUGCUUCUUAUCAUUGUCGGCAUUGUAGUUUUCUACAAUAUAAGAAAAAGGACAAGAGAAAGGCAUCUGGAACAACCAAUGCGUAUGGGUAAAAUGGGUGAGCCUAAAGAAUUUUACAACCUUGGACAUAAGCAAGACGAAAUGUCUAGAGGAGAUAACCCACAAAGUUGAAAUGAAGUCAAUAUUGAGAAUGAAAAAAAAUGUGUUAUAGAGGAAUGGUGCAUGAUAGUUCUUAACUUGGCUUGAUGAUUGGAAUAUAAACUAGUGCACAUAUCAGUAAACUCAUUUCAUUUAGCUACUUAGUCUUUUUGUCUUUUCGAAUGGAAUCAUAUAUAUGACAUAAUUAUAUGUAAUUAUUUAAGGAUAUUUUUGCAUGCGAUAAAAAGUCUUAAGAUUUUAAAAUGUUUUAGUUUAAGGAAUAUUAUUUUUCGUUGAUGAUAUAACAACCCACGGUUGUAAAAUAACAUAAAAGCAUUUAUGCAUAAUCGAUUCAGGCCUGUUGCUGAUGUGCCACUAAAGAGAUAAGACGCCGAAAGUACUUCCUUCUAAAAGCGAGCCCCGUGCAGUAUAUACGCAAGAAUAGAGCAUAAUAUGAAUCAAACAAUUUAAAUAAAUUACGUGCGUCAUUUCAAAAACAUGAAAUUCAAAUCGUGAAAACACCGCAUAUGAUCAUUCAUACCCAUAGCCGAUAGCGACGUGUGAAACAGGUCUUAACAGCAGUAGCGGCACGACUUUUGAUGAUGCAGAUGCAAAAAUAUUUUAGUGCCAAUGUUAAAAAACAAUCAAUUUCUAAAGAAAUAAAUAGUGAUAGUGAUACUACACCCAAGAUCGAUGUCAAAUUACUUAUUUUUAGCAUUUAUUGCAUCACCUAGUUCCUGUAUGAGGCAUUGUUUUUAGUUAAUGUAAACAACACUAUAUGUAUAUACAAUCUAACAUGAUAUCUUAAAAUCACUUUUAAGAUUUAAUGUACCUUAUUAAAUUUUUCAUUUAAUAUCAAUUUUUAGUACGUAAAAGUUAAUUAAUUUACCAUCAAGGUGCGGUUUAGUACAGGUGAUUAGGUCACUGAACAUAGCCUAUCUUAUUAGUAAUGUUUACAACACGAGCGGUCGUGACAUACAAUCACCGUAAUAUAUUGUACAAUCACGAACGCUUUGUAAUAAUAUUUAUGAUUUGAAUAGAUCCAUGCAAAUCAGUUACAAAGAGUGAUGGUUGUUUUUUGCGGAAACAACCACUAUAGUGUUUGCAACUGAUUAGCAAUAUCAUCCAAACUAAUUUGCAUUGGGUACACAGGGUGUG